CCACGACAAUCUGGCCACCACGGAUGGCCGUGUACCUAGCCACUCCACCACUCCACGUAUACGUACGACGGACGGAGCUUUCAGGAAGACAACGAAGUCACCGUGUCGGAGCACAAGCACUACACUAGCUAGCUAGAGAACACAGAGGUAGCAAUGGCGCAGCCGCAGCCGAGAAGAGAAGACGACGCGCUCCAGACUCAGGCCAAGGGCCAGGAUCAGAACAAGGACCAGCCGGACCAGGCCAUCAGGUACGGCCACGUGUUCGCCGGCCAGCCCAUCGAGCCGCGCGACGCCACCGCCAUGCGCUCCUUCGAGGAUAGCGUGCCGGGCGUCCAGGUCCCGCAGGGCAUCAGCGGUGGCUUCAGCGCCGCGGUUGCCAUGGAGACGACCGCCGUGUACAACCAGGCCGCCGGCGCCGUGCACCCGGGACAGGCAAGCGACGCUGCCGCUGUCCAGGGCAUCACUGUCACUCAAACCGCCGUGCCCGGCGGCGGCAUCGUCACCGAGUUCGUCGCAGGCCAGGUCGUGGAGCAGUACUCCGUUGCCGACCGGCCACCGCCGGUGGAGGAGGACGCGACAAAGAUAACGAUCGGCGAAGCGCUGGAGGCGAUACCGAGGGCCGGGGGCGGACGCUCCAUUGACAGGGCCAACGCGGAGGCCAUACGUGCCGCGGAGAUGAGCGCGCACGGAGCGGACGUUACCAUGCCCGGCGGCCUGGGCGACCAGGCGCAGGCCGCGGCGCGCGCCAACACCCAGGCCACGCGCGACGACGACAAGUUCAAGAUCGGCGAUAUCCUCUCGGACGCGACGGCGAAGCUGGCGGGCAACAAGGCGGCGGGGACGGAGGACGCGGCGAGGGUGGUGCAGGCGGAGAAGUUCAACGACGCUGGAGCACACGCCAGGGCAGGCGGCGUGGGCGCCGCGGUGACCACGGCGGCGAGGCUCAACGAAGAUAACGACUUGGGCGACGCCUGAAUUAUGCCUGUAUAUAUGCCACGAACUCGCUGUGUAAUAUAUGUAGAGCUCAAAUGGACCUAUACUGAAAGAACAUCUAGAACUAGGAGUAUGCAAGAACGCAGGUAGAUCCGAGAGCCUAGGUGCAUGUUUACCAAGCUUGGGAGUGUAGCUGCGUGUGUACAGAAAUAAAAAGGAUGCUCUUGUCCAUUCUUGCGGAAAUGCUGCUGAGGUCGGGCGGCGUAGCAGUGAUUAGCAACGGAAUAAAGCAUCGUAGCAGCGGAGCUUACAAAUCGGCUAACUAUUGGAAGAAGCGGAAAAACUAAAGUAGACAAAAGACAAAAGAUACCAGGGUGUUCCUAAUUCUGUAAUAAAGAUUGAUAGAACAACCAACAAGUUUGCAGAUAGGUUAGCCAAAU